UACCCUUUCGCUCUUUCUAUGGUAGAAGGACUAACAAACUCUCUCUUUUAAUUUUCCCUCAUUUUCUUUCUUUCCAAACAGACCCUCCAUAAGCUCUUUUCUCUGACACAACUCUGCUUGGAUUUGUCACUUUUCACUUAAAAGCUCUUCGCCUUUAAGAAUCUUUCUCUCUCUCAAAAACCCACAAAAAAUCUCCUCUUUUUUCACUUUGAUCAUGCUUCAAAGCUUAAUUCCUCAGUCUCCGAUCAAUUCCACAGACCCCAACAAUUCUUCCUCCCCCUCCAUGAAAUCCAAGCGCGCCGCCGCCGAACUUACCGCCGGUGAAUCCUCCGGUGAGGACCCUUCAUCCAAACGGGUCAGUUACGAAAAGUCCACCACGGAAAUCGACUGCGGAGGAGACGACGGCGGCGAGGCAAGUGGGCUCCGGCUGCUCGGGCUCUUGCUGCAAUGUGCGGAGUGUGUUGCUAUGGAUAAUCUAAAUGACGCGACGGACCUUUUGCCGGAGAUAGCGGAGCUUUCGUCGCCGUUUGGAUCGUCGCCGGAGAGAGUGGGAGCGUACUUUGCACAUGCUUUGCAGGCGCGUGUGGUUGGUUCUUGCCUCGGUACGUACUCACCACUCGUGUCAAAAUCAGUAACGCUAACUCAGUCGCAGAGAUUAUUCAAUGCUUUGCAGUCAUAUAAUUCAAUCAGCCCUCUGGUCAAAUUCUCUCAUUUCACAGCUAAUCAAGCGAUUUUCCAAGCUUUGGACGGUGAAGAUCGUGUCCACGUUAUCGAUUUAGAUAUAAUGCAAGGACUUCAAUGGCCAGGAUUGUUUCAUAUCUUAGCUUCUAGGCCUAAAAAGAUUCGGUCCAUGAGAAUUACCGGGUUUGGAUCUUCAUCGGAGUUGCUUGAGUCAACCGGGAGGCGACUCGCCGAUUUCGCGAGCUCACUCGGGCUCCCCUUUGAGUUUCACCCUUUAGAGGGUAAGAUUGGGAAUGUGACAGAUUUAAGUCAGCUCGGGGUGAGGCCGAGAGAGGCUAUUGUAGUACAUUGGAUGCAUCAUUGUUUGUAUGAUGUAACAGGGAGUGAUUUAGGGACGCUGAAGUUGUUGACUUUGUUGAGGCCCAAAUUGAUCACGACCGUUGAACAAGAUUUAAGUCACGGGGGAAGUUUUUUAGGGAGGUUCGUAGAGGCAUUGCAUUAUUAUAGUGCCUUGUUUGAUGCACUUGGGGAUGGAUUAGGUGUGGACAGCGUAGAGAGGCAUAUGGUGGAGCAGCAAUUGUUUGGUUGUGAGAUUAGGAAUAUUGUUGCUGUUGGUGGACCUAAGAGGACCGGUGAGGUUAAGGUUGAGAGAUGGGGUGAUGAGUUGCGACGGGUCGGGUUUGAACCCGUUUCGCUUGGCGGUAGCCCGGCUGCUCAAGCUAGUUUGUUGCUUGGGAUGUUUCCAUGGAAAGGGUACACUUUGGUUGAGGAAAACGGGUCCUUGAAAUUGGGGUGGAAGGACUUGUCCUUGUUGACUGCCUCUGCGUGGCAGCCGUCGGAUUGAAUUAUGGAUAAUGGGUUUGAUCGGAGUCAAAUGCGACACCAAAAUGGGAAAUCUGUGUUGAUGAUUGAUGGCAUUGGAUCAAUGGUAAUGGGGUGAUUUUAUGUUUUGUAAUAAUGGACAAGAAGUUUUCCGCUCCCUUUUGAGACAACCUUAAUUUAUUCAGGGAAGUUUUGGAAGAUUUAGAUGGUCAAUUGAAGUUCAAAUGUUCACUUUGUUGUAAUUCUUUGAAGAGAAAGAGAGUAGUUCUCUAUUUUUAAUCCAAAGUAGCAUCACUUUUGAAGAAAAAGUUUCUUCAGAAAGGUGAGAAGAAAAGAAAGGAAGAUAGUUCCAAUUAACUUGGAGGUAGUUCAUUAAACUUGUAAAUGUUGAUUUCAAGUUUUUUUUUUUUUAAAUAAUUGCACUUGAUUAAUAAUCCAUUUGAAUAUUCGAGAAUUGGGUCA